ACGCAGUAAUUUAAUAUUAUAUUUACUGACACAAUUUCUUUGUGCGAAAAUAUUCUCGCAACAUGCUGUAACAAGCGCGAUUCACGUUGAUUUACUUUAAAGUACAGUUAUAUUUCUGCAUGGUUCGGCAAAACAAAACCACGUUUCCUUUGCGCGAGCAAUGCGAAAAAUAACGUGGGAAGCUAAUAAAAGUGAUUCGUUGAAGGUCGACAAUCGCCGCGGCCUAAUAAAAUAUCGUCGAGUAAGCGAAUAAUAAAAAAUAAAAACACUCUCCGGAAAUUGGUUUCCGUCCGAGUCGGUCAAAUCCGCAAAAACCGGGGACACACAAAUUUAACACAGAGAGAAUAAUAUUACAUUACCUUAUACAAGUAAUAAUAUUUACAAACUCAAUUAUCAGUUAUCUGUAAGUAAAAUUUCAAUCUAAUAUAAUAACGAAAAUUAUCUUGGAAAUUGAAGAGAAAAAUCACGAAGGCAGGGAACAUUAUUGAUCGCGACUUUGACAUAACAGGAGACCAAUCCUGGAAAAUGUGUUUAUGUAUGUGUGUGUGCGCGUGAAUCUAAAGUGUUGCAAAUUAUUAUGAAAAGGUAUACAAACAGAUCUCUGCUCAGUUCGACGUGUAUUUGAAGUGAUUCGCCAAUGAGUAAAGUGCGAGUGUAAGGUCGUAACACAUAUUAUAGUAUCGUGCGAUGGUUCAUGUCGGUGGAAUUAGCCCAUCUCUGGGCGGUGCUCUGCCCAAAAGUCCCAGUUUUCAUCAGGGUCUUGCCUUGGCAACGGUGUUGCCCCAGGACUUGAACAAGGGUUACCCGGUGACCUUCGCCCUGCACUAUCAACCUUUGCAACCUCUUCUAAUCGAAACGCAACAGGGAAACGAACGGGAGGAACUUUUUAUACAGAAGCUACGGCAAUGUUGCGUCCUCUUCGACUUCGAAUCCGAUCCCUUGUCAGAUUUGAAAUGGAAGGAGGUAAAGCGCACUGCCCUCCACGAGAUGGUCGAGUACGUAACCAAAAACAAAAAUGUUAUCACCGAAGCGAUAUAUCCCGAGGCGGUAAACAUGUUCGCUGUGAACCUGUUCCGAACGUUACCUCCGUCAUCAAAUCCUAACGGCGCAGAAUUUGAUCCGGAGGAGGAUGAGCCGACGUUGGAAGCGGCUUGGCCGCACUUACAGCUUGUCUACGAAUUUUUUUUGCGAUUGCUAGAAUCGCAGGACUUCCAGCCAUCUAUAGCGAGGCGCUACAUAGAUCAAAAAUUUGUGCUACAGCUCUUAGAGUUGUUCGAUUCUGAGGAUCCGAGAGAGAGGGACUUUCUUAAAACGACCCUCCAUAGGAUUUACGGAAAAUUUCUGGGCCUCAGAGCGUACAUUAGGAAACAGAUAAAUAAUGUUUUCUAUCGAUUUAUAUACGAGACAGAGCAUCACAAUGGCAUCGCAGAGUUGCUUGAAAUCUUAGGAAGUAUUAUAAACGGCUUUGCUUUGCCGUUAAAGGAAGAGCACAAGGUGUUUUUGUUAAAAGUCCUACUACCCUUGCAUAAGGCUAAGUCAUUAUCCGUGUACCAUCCGCAAUUAGCGUACUGUGUCGUCCAAUUUUUGGAAAAGGAUCCGUCGUUAACGGAACCUGUGAUUAGAAACUUGCUGAAAUUUUGGCCAAAAACACAUUCCCCUAAAGAAGUUAUGUUCUUGAACGAACUUGAAGAGAUCUUAGACGUCAUCGAGCCAGCUGAAUUUCAAAAAGUCAUGGAUCCGUUGUUUAGGCAACUAGCCAAAUGUGUCUCGUCACCGCAUUUCCAGGUGGCGGAAAGGGCUCUCUAUUAUUGGAAUAACGAAUACAUAAUGUCCUUGAUAUCGGACAAUUACUCCGUCAUCUUACCGAUAAUGUAUCCAGCUUUUUAUAGAAACUCCCGUAACCACUGGAAUAAGACAAUCCAUGGUUUAAUUUAUAACGCCCUGAAACUUUUUAUGGAAAUGAAUCAAAAAGUAUUCGAUGAGUGUACAACACAAUACUAUCAGGAGCGUCAAAGGGAGCGAAAGCUCAUUAAAGAUCGAGAUGAAGCAUGGAUGCGCGUAGAAGCGCUCGCUAUGAGGCAUCCAAACUAUAUUGUGACAAGUAAAAGCACAACGAAUAACACAUUAUAUAUGUCACCACAGCAUAUAGAUAACUCGCCGCCCGACGAAGAUGGUGAUACGGAUCAAACUCCGCUUACUUUGGAAAAAAUCGAAGCUAAAGCUAAUGAGGCGAAGAAAAUGACAAACGUAAACAAAGUAAAGCCGCUUUUACGAAGGAAGAGCGAUUUACCACAGGACUCGUAUACAAUGCGGGCAUUGUCCGACCAUAAACGCGCCGAUGAAUACCUUGUCACGCCGCCAGAUCCGAGUAAUUGCUAGUCUCUACCACAAGCCCUUCCCAUGUAUCCUCUGUUUUGCUGUAGUAACAUCGGAAGUUAGCUUUUUUUCUAGAGGAAAACGGCGAUAAGAACGCAAACAAUUUGGCAACAAGAAUCCCAUUGUGCGAAAUCAAUAACCGUAUUAUUAUUUCAGCAUGUAUCACAUUGUAUUUGUUUACUUUAAUAGAGAAAAAGAAAACCCUGCUCUUUCCCGCCGCGCAUUGUGCGAUUCAGAGAGACAGUAUAUAGGUAUUCAUAAAAGCUUACAGAAGAAGAGACUUUUAUUCUUCGUAGAAAUGCGUUGUAUUUAUUUCUUCAUUACGAGAAAAAGAAAAUUACAGCUGUGAGUGGAACUAUAA